AUGCGUGAAAAAACACAUGCGCAUCGAAAUUAUCUCGAUGACGUGCCCGGAAAUGUCAAAACUCGUCGAUUAAAUGAAAUAAUUCAAACUUUUCAUACAAAUGCAAAAAUUAAAUUGAACGCUUUAUUAGGUAUUCCACAGUUAGUUUUAGUAGAAGGUAUUUCAAAUCGUCAUAAUGAAAGACUCAGAGGACGUACGGAUGGAGGGCACAAAAUCUAUUUUGAUAACGUUCGAGUACUAGAGAGCAUAAACAAUCAAAUGUUGAAUAGAUCAGAUAACUGUCACAUGUUGAAUAUAGAUAAUCAAAAAAUUGGUAUUAAGAUUGGGGAUUACGUUAUUGUCGUACCAACAUCCACCACGGGUGCUACUUUAUACGGUAUACCCAUAGCUAAAAGUUCCAUAGCUCAUUUUAGUAAGCUAAACUAUAAUGAGAAGAAUAUUAAAUGA